AAAAUUACCCAAGCCCAAGCCCAAUGCCUAAAGUAAAACGAUGUGAAACAGACCCAUAAAUAUAUUCAGUUGAGAAAUCUGUUUUAAGCCACAUACUAUUGAACAAUUGAACUGGAUUAACUUUGGGCCCAAUAACUAUUCUUCUUAUAUUUUAAUUUUAAUUCAUGAAAAUACAAAAACCCUUCUCCACGGCAAAACCCAUAUUAUAGAGAAAUCUCCCAACAACAAAAAAAAAAAAAAAAAAAAUUUUAUACCCCUCCAGUUUUAAUAACAUCAUCACGUUAAAAUCAAUCGCAAUUUUAAAGCAAGAUAUUUUCGACGUAAUUGCCCAUUUUUGUGCAAUAUGCAAGGUGUUAUAGCAAAACCAUGCUUUUAUGCACCGGGUGCUCUUAAUCAUCGUUAUAGGAAGCAUGUUCAUCGCCCUAUAGAGGUUUCGACUACAUUCUCUUUGCCUUUAAGAAAGAUGUUUCCAAGCUUGAAGAGUAAGGCUAUCUCCUUGCAUGUUGCUGCUCUCUCAGCUCCAGUGUUGAACAAGCAUUCAAAGGAAGAUAACUUCUCACAGAACUUGCAACUCUCACCUUUGAAAAGAGGUUCUUAUCUCCCGAGGGCAUCAAAGGACAAACUCUUCAGUUUCCCACCAUACCCUCCAAUGACAGAGAAACCAAAAUGGUGGUGGAGGUCUUUGGCAUGCCUACCAUAUCUAAUGAAUUUCUUAGAUCAGCUCACGUGGGCCCAUGCUCACCCUUUAAAUAACCCUCCACCAUUUCUCCAGAACUUUGACAAUCUAGUAUUCCCAUUACACAGCUCCCUCCUAACACUCCCCAAGUUUGUCCUUUCAUGCUAUCCUAUUAUGUAUUACUUCUGGAUUGUAAGACGGAAAGAGUGGCCUCAUUUCUUCCGGUUUCAUGUUAUUAACGCGAUGUUGCUAGGGGUUCUAGUGCAGGUGAUUGGAGUAUCAGGCAAUUGGUUCCCCUCGAAGUUCUCCCCUCCACAUUUUUGGUCUGCCGCGACACUUUUCUUCUUAUUUACGGUGUUAGAGUGUGUCGGGUGUGCUCUUGCUGGUGUAUAUCCCAGUAUCCCUUUUGUGAAAGAUGCUGCUCUCCUACAUUCAGACCUGAACAUUAGAUGAUUGCAUAAAGUUUGGUUUAUAUUAAUUAAUAUUAGGAUCAAAGUGUGUUUUACAUUAAAGUAUACUUGAUUUGGCUGAUAUUCUGAUGGAAUUUACUUUGGAUCAUAGCGAAUUUAGGAAGCAGUGUUUGCUUGCAAUUCUGUUGAUUCACAAGGCUUUAUGUGGGUUGUAUAGGGGUUAUCACUCAAAUUUAUGUAUUUUGAAAUCAAAUUCAUGUUAUUAGAUUGUUCUUGAAUUUUA